GGCCUACCUAUCGCGCGCUUAUCUGGGCCUGGUCUCGCAUCCAUUGACAGCUCCCAACAUUAUCUUCGAUGGCAGGUGCCGAUGUUUAUUGUUUAGGAGAAUUGCCAAAUCUUGCAAAUCCAAAAGCGGCAUGAGCUUGUUAAAAUAUGGCCGACUAUGAACGUACUGUGCUCGCGCACUAUAAUCUCCCGACGGCAUUCCCAACUGAGUGGCCCGCCGAGAAGGACGAGAGCGAUGCCUCAGAUGAUGAAGGAUUAGUCAAGAAGAAGAAAACGAGUAGCACCGGCCGAGCUUCAAAGUCAAGAUAUUCAGCACUUGAGCGUGCCACAAGCGAUCGUAAAACUUAUGUCCCAGGCUCACAAAAGACGGGAGAAGGGCUGGAGAACUUGGUUCAAAAAGAUGAGCCCGACCCUCUUGGGACAGGUGAAAGUGUCGUGAGAAUAUUGAGAGGACACGGUCUGCCUGUGCAAGAUAACAUCCACCUACGAAACAGAUAUUUAUUGUCGUCAACUACAUUUUCGCCGUCUUUAUUCCUGUCGCAGGUGCAUCAUUCGGCUUCAACUCAGCAACUACUCAAUGGCCUCGAGGUCUUGUCGCGCUCAAUUGAUCAGAAAUCCGCAUCCCUAAGGGUCUUGGUCGAAUCCAACUUCGAGCGGUUUGUCCGCGCAAAAGCUACGAUUGAUAAUGUGUAUACCGAGAUGAAAACUCGUGGAACGGAAUCUGUUUCUAUGAUCCCCCCACGACACUCUCGACACUCGAGCAGGAUUAGCUUCAGAGCUGGUAGUCUCGCAGAGGCAGCCCCUGGCACCACGACCAUACCCGCGAAUAAUAAGAAGAAGAACGCGUUGAGCAAAGAGAGCGAAUACGGCGUCCUGGGGAUCAAGGCACCACUGGUGGAUGUGGCAGCCAAGGCCGAGGAGGUUUGGGGACCAGCGUUAGGUGGGCGCGAGAAGGAAGAUGAUCUCAAGGUCGUCGCUGGCGCUCUGGAGAGACACCGCGACAUUUAUGAGGCACCUGGUUUGAUUGCCGACAGCAUCAAGCGCAAAGAUCAUGAAGCACUGGUGGAAGAAUACGCAAAAGCGACUCGCAUUGCUGACGAGGCACGAAAGCUCGGCGAAGUCCUAGUCGCGUCACAAAAGCCGCCGACAGAUCUCCAGUUACAGCAUAUCAUAGUUGCGGCACGAAUGUGGUACGAUGUACAGGAGCAAUUGGAUAAUUUUAAGCGCGAAGUUUGGCGACGACUGGCAGCGGUUCAAUAUGGUGCUGGACAACCGGGCGGCUCUACGAGAGAUCAACAUAUGGAUCUGAUAAGCAUCCUUCUCGAGCUGGGAGUUGAAGACAACCCUAUAUGGGUUUGGCUGUUGAGCCGUUAUGACCAUUUGAAGAAUAAAAUCACGGCAAUGUCCAAACGAUCAAAGGUUGAAAUCGAGGUUCUUCGACGAAGAUUAGCAAAUGGACCCAAGCCAACGCCACAGGUCCUUGCGAGCCACCUUCAGUCUCUCAGUCGACAAGGUCUAGAGAUCAAAUCUGCCACACAGGAUUCUAUGGAGAUUAUUGAACUGUGGGAGAAAAUGCUUACGUUCCUUGACAGCAUGCUCUCCUCUGGAGGGGUUCUCGGGGAAGUCCUUGAAUUCUCGCAGACUGUCCAAGGAUUUAUCGAUGGCAAAACCCAGCGAACACUCCCGAUGGGCCUUAAUGGCGAAAGCCGAAAACAUCACAGGCUGUCAAAUCAAGGGAUUGUAGAUCUGCGUAAAGGGACAAUUGAGCUUAUCGACUUGAUCCGCGAAGGCGUCAAUUCAUUCUUUGUCGACCCUCCAAUUGAGGACAUUUUUCUCCUCUACUCGACCAUCCCACCUACACCCAUGACUCCCAAGUCUGGUGGACUGGUUCCCCCGGCUCUUCGGGAUCCGAGAUUUGCUUUCGAUGCAACUAGUGCACCUCCUCCAUCUCCCAAACUUGGUGAAGCGUGGGAGAAGUUUGCCUUCUGGCCUCCGUGGGCAAACUCGCUGAGUGGCGUCCAUUAUCUCGCUAAAUUGCUUGUCCUCGUUGGAUCUGGAGCAAGUGAUAUGGCGUCUGUUUCGGUCAUUGACAAAGGUGAUGGUGCAGCUCUAGAGCGUCUGCGUGCACUUGUUGGCAGCGCCCGCGAGCGAUGCGUCACUGCAGUUUGCGCGGCUUGGAAUAAGGAUGCUGAGAAUAUAAAAGUACUCGAGGAUUGGAAACGAUCGGCAGAGAAGAAAGAGCUCACGAGGAUGCCGGCAAAUUUCAGCGCAUUUGAAAGUGCAGUCCUUUCGGGCAUGCAGAAGAUCCUAUAUAUUCCAGAAGCCAUCACCAAGCCCAACUCGGAAGAAGUUGUCCUCCCUCCUCCGGCGAAGAUCCUUCAGAUGGUGCGAAGCCAGUUUGUGACAACGCUAUAUAAAGCUCUGAGCGGCAUGGUUGAGAAUGCUGAGCGAUCAAUUAAGAAGCCCGAAGAUGACUGGGCAAUUGAUGGAGGAGGCAUUACGACUCCUUUGAGCAUAGGCCCAGAAAUGAGCACUGGUAUUGAAACUAUAGCCGCGUCUGAUAGAAACAUCCGCAUGCUUCUCACUUUGAGCAAUCUUCAGGCGCUACGGGCUGAUGUUGUCCCCAGCUUGACAAUGCAAUUCGAAAACGCGUUUUCAGUCAAACUUACGGAAGAGGCAAAGACCAUCCGCGAUGUCUUGGCUCAGAUAGACGCACGCCUAUUUCAGUCGUAUACCAGACCGCAGAUUGACGAGCUCCGUGGCAUCAUCAAGGCCGGCAUAUUGGCUCCUGAAUGGGAGCCUUCACCUACUGAGAAGCCAAAGGACGUCAAGCCAUACGUCUAUGAGGCUCUGCUCAGCUUGGUAUUGGUCCAUACUCAGGUCGCUACUACGGCCUCUCCUCUGACGCCUCAGAUCCUUUCUUAUCUACUGGAGCAGGUCUCCCGCGACCUUCUCGGUGCAUUCAAGCAACGAUCCCAGUACACCCUCGCAUCGCUUAUGCAAGCGACUCUAGACGUCGAAUUCGUGGCACAGACGUUGAGCCAGUAUACGACUGACCGUGCAGGGCAAUUACAGAGUGACAUUUAUCAGGAACUGGACAAGGGGACGGACAGUGAUGCGCGUGUGAAGCUGCAGGGUGAACUACCGGAGAUGAGGGCCGUGUUGAAACGGUUGAGGGAGGGAAGCAGGAGCGAAUUUGCUUGCUUCAAAAAGGUUCGAAAGCCUACUGAGCGGGUAAAGUCGUAGAGGCAUAUUACGUGGUCAAUCGGGUUGGAUUAUAGAUGGGUCUAGAAACCAAUUAAAUCUUUGUCUACAAUAAUAGCAAACUCUGAUAUAUAAGUUAGUUUAGUUAGCACAUAUUGCUAAGAGAUACUAUUGCAUACUGCCUG